GUAGGCGGAAGGCCUGGUGGGAUUCGGGUGGAAGUGAGAGCCGGGCCUGUGGCUAUGUGGCGUACUGUGUGGUUAGAUGGAUUGAACCAUGGCUUCCAGGAGCAGAGCCAGGCAGCUGUCUGGCAGGUGAUUUGGGAUUUGAGAGUUGCAGGUUCAGCCAGGUUGGGUCCUAGUGAUGCUAAAGGAGAGGAGGAUGCCCAGGGCAUUUGGGAAGCAGAAUUGACAGGACUUGGCAGGUGGAUCAGAGAGAAUGAAGAGAGGAUGAGGCACCCGUGGCCCCAAGCUGGCCAGGAAACCAGUGACGGAUGGACGGGUGCAUCUUGGUGCUGCCCUGUCCCCUCUUCCCGAGUUACCUCCCUGUGUCUGCACCCCUCACUUCUCUCCCAACAGCCCCAUGCAGCGCUCCCUCCUUCAUAAACAAGCAAGCCUCUGGCUUGUUGCUCCUACUGUAGUCAAGGUGAUUGCCACAGCAGUUGACAUCAGCACUCCGGUCCCGAAGGAGCCUGUCACCCUCCAGUCUGCCUACGGCACGGCGUUACCACCUCUGCAAGGAGCAGAAAGGAGGCAGCUGGACACACACUCAGAUCUGAGAACUAGGCGGGGCCAGAAAGGGCCGGUGGCCAAAAAGGAGAGUCUGGAAAGGGAGGCGGGCCUUCAGGGGGCCUCCUCUCUUGGCACCUGAGGCUCCAGCCCACUUGGUUCCCUGACGUCGGCGGGAGUGGUGGCAGUGGCAACAGCUGUAGCGCCUGGGCCAUGGCAGAGGACGGGCCACCGAAGCAGCAGCUGGACAUGCCUCUGGUUCUAGACCAGGACCUGACCAAGCAGAUGCGGCUACGAGUCGAGAGCCUGAAACAGCGUGGGGAGAAGCGGCAGGAUGGCGAGAAGCUGCUCCGGCCGGCCGAGUCUGUGUACCGUCUCGACUUCAUCCAGCAACAGAAGCUGCAGUUUGACCGCUGGGAUGUGGUCCUGGAUAAGCCGGGCAAGGUCACUAUCACGGGCACCUCGCAGAACUGGACGCCUGACCUCACCAACCUCAUGACACGCCAGCUGCUGGACCCUGCUGCCAUCUUCUGGCGCAAGGAAGACUCCGACGUCAUGGAUUGGAAUGAGGCCGAUGCCCUGGAAUUUGGGGAGCGCCUGUCUGACCUGGCCAAAAUCCGCAAGGUCAUGUAUUUCCUUAUUACCUUUGGCGAGGGCGUGGAGCCCGCCAACCUCAAGGCCUCUGUGGUGUUCAACCAGCUCUGACGACAGCCCUGGCAACCCUGCCUCUGGCCCACAAUUCCCCCUUGCCUGAACCUCCUGCCACAUGUAUAUUUUGGGGACAUUCUUCUAACUGCUCCUUCUGUGCUUGACUUGGCUAAAAGUCCCCUGAGUCCUACAUGGCCCCCUUUCCUGGUGCUAGUGCUGCGGCUCACAGGGCUGACCCAUGGCUCCAUAGUCUAGAAGCUGGACACUGCUACUGUAGACGAUAGAGGCCUUUUGGGUUCAUGUGGCCAGAAUGAUGUACUUCUUGGGCACCUGCCACCUCUGCUUCAUUGUGGUGGACAGAGAGGGACUGAGAGACCAAAAGGCUAACCAAGAGAUCCAAAUAACCAACCAUUGGAUUUCCUACAGGGAUGGAAGCCUGAGACAUGACAGGAACUGCCUUCUGGGGAACCUGGCAAGAAGGCAUUUGCCUGACGGCUAAAGCUGGCAUCAGGAGAUGGAUGCCCAGUGGCACUCUGGCAGCGGGAAGGUGCUUUUCCCAGUGUCAUCACCAGCCUGCUGUGACCUUAAGGCCUUCCAGACACUGGGCAUGAUUACAGCAGGGCUUGGUCUGUCUGGCAGAGGGUGGCUGGCUUUGCAGGUCUCACCCGGGUUGCUGUGGAGAAGGGAAAGAGCAUGUAGAAACUGGCCCAGCUCUAACUACCCGCACAUAUGUAUAUGUUGAGAGAUAGCAUGCUAUAUUUGUAUGGAUGUGUGCCCGAGGGCUAACACUAGUCAGGAAUAAGGCUGACUUUAGCUUAGUUGUUGAGCAGUUGGUACUAGGUCCUGGGCUUGGUGGAGGUGACCCUGUCUGCGUCCUCCUUGGUGCAGGGCUUCCUGAACUGGGAGACUAAGGCUCAAAUGGGGAAGCAGAGAACUGAGUUAGGGGGUCCAGGGCUCUGAGCCAGAAACACUGAUGUCCCGAUAGGACGGCUGGCCUUUGCAGGUCUCUGAUCAGGAACACAGAUGCUGUGUCCUGCUGUAACUUCUCUGGGCGUUUACUGGGGGUUCUACCAGAGUGGAGGCAUAUGGGUAAGGCUUUGGGGCAGUUAUGAUGUCUGAUGUCUGAAGUGGGUUGAAUGUCUCCAGAUGUGAUGUCUAAUACUGGACUGGCUUCAGAGGCUAUCCAGGUAAACCCACUCCCCAAACCGACAGGGAAACAGAGGCACGGGUAUCGGCAGACUCCGUCCUGCCCCAAGCCUCAUUCCCUCCACCCUGUGCAUGCCGAGAGAAGCCUCACCUGCCACCUGGCAUCAGUCAGAGGUACCUCAGUGGUGCCACCCACUCUGCCUCAAGGCUGCCUCAUCUGAGAUGCCAGUGCAUGGAGAUCUGAAGGUAGGAUCCAUCCAGUGGGUGGACUGCCAGGAGCGCAAGCUCAGGGUCGGGAUUCUGGAGGCAAGAGAUAGGCUGUGUUGCUGGCUCUGGUGGCUAUUGCUUGCAGAAGCACCUGCUAGUGCCUUCUAGACGCUGCUGACUCUAGAGAGCCAUACCUAGACAGGGACCCCACCUUUCUGACCUCUCCCUACAGCUCUCAAGACCCCCUUGGUUCACGCUGCCUGUCCCCCAAUUCUGUCUCACCCCGUAUUCCCUGUGGGGGCUUGAGUGUCUCUGCCGUGCUUGUCACCUGUCCCCAAUAAAGACUUCAUGCCCU